UAAAGUUCUUUAAUCUUCUUCUUCCUGUGGGUCUGGUUUUUAGAGAGAGAUGGCAUCGUCGAUGAUGAGAGCAGCGGCGAAGAAGGUGAGUACAGCAGCAAGAAAACAAGCAGUGACAUUAACAGAUGCUGCAGCUGAUAGAAUACGUCAUCUUCUGCAACAAAGACAACGUCAAUUUCUUAAGCUUGGCGUUAAAGCUCGAGGGUGUAAUGGAUUAAGCUACACGCUCAAUUACGCUGAUGAGAAAGCUGAGUUCGAUGAAGUAGUGGAGGAGAAGGGUGUAAAGAUACUGAUCGAUCCAAAGGCACUAAUGCAUGUUAUAGGAACCAAAAUGGAUUUUAAAAAUGACAUGCUCAGGUCUGAGUUUGAGUUUAUCAAUCCAAACUCCAAAGGUGAAUGUGGAUGUAGAGAAUCAUUUAUGACAACAAGUAACAGUGGAGCUGCAAAGUAAGCCCUCGUCAACAAUCAUCAUAACUAACAUGAUAGAGGUAAAUAAAGUUGUUGAAAAUCCCAUCUGUCUCUACUCUCUAUUUACUAAGCCCAAAUCAAAAUGAGGCAGUUGCUGAAAUAAACGUUUGACUGCAAAAGUAUAUAUCGAUGAUGUAGCUCUAUUGGGUUAGUAAACACAAACGCGUGUAAUAGCAUUUUGAAGAAUCAUGUUCAUUAUACCAAUACUGAUAGUGUAGAUUUCGUUGAUUCUUUUUUCCUCUGUAUGCAUAUUUUUGACGGAUGUUUAUGUGGUACUCGUGUCAAACUUUUGUAAACUACGUGCUAUUACACACCUAGAUAUGAAUGAUAAUGUUGCCAGCUCUUUGUAAAAACAGUUAUGUCUUUAUACUUGUUUGAAAGUGAACAAUAGAAGGAAAAAUCGAUUAGGAUGCCAUUAUUAAAAA